GUGAUUACCAUGCGCUUCCUUCUUCCUUAUUUCCAGUUGUCAACGUUUACCAAAACCCCCUCUUGAUUUCCAACUUUUUCACUUUCCUAAAACCCUUUGAAACUCUCAAAAUCAUCACAUUCUUAUCCUUUUAAAAGCCCCCAUUUUAAGCAAAUUCUCAGUUUAAACGUUUCUUCUUAAAACAGCUAAACUUUCAAAAGUUUCUUUGUCUUUUGCUUUAUUCAAAGUUCUUUUUUUUUUUUUCUUUUUCUGAUUGUUUUCAAAAUUAUUCACCUCUGAUUCAAAAUUGUAUUGAAGCAAUAAGUUUAGAGGCUACCCUUUUGCCAAUUUUGGAUUCUUGAAAAGGCUUUAGUUUGAAGCAAUGAGUUUUGCUAAUACCCUUUUGCUAAAUUUGGAUUCUUGAAAUAAAAAGCUUUAGUCUUUUUUCAUUGUUUUAAGCUUCUGAAGCUGCAUUAUUUAUUCUUUACUGUUUUAAAGUCAAAUUCACGUUUCAGUGGGCUUGUUGAGUAGAGCGAUUGCAGAUCUUUAAAGGGGUUUUAAGCAAAUUAGUUGUUGGUUGAAUCCUGAUCUAGAAAUGGAACCGGUAAGAUUCGCAUUGGGUAAGCAAUCGUCCCUUGCACCGGAAAAGGGGGUUGAGGUGGCAGUGGAAAUUGAGAGCGAAGAUGGAGAAGAAGGUGAUGUUGUAAAUAUUGAUCCAAAGAUCAGGUUGAUGUAUUCAGCUAAUGAGGGUGAUAUAGAGGGGAUCAAGGAGCUUUUGGACUUAGGGACUAAUGUAAACUUUCGAGACAUUGAUGAGAGGACUGCACUGCAUGUUGCUGCUUGCCAAGGUUACAGUGAUGUUGUGAAGCUGUUGCUUGAUAAUGGGGCUGAAAUUGAUCCCAAAGAUCGAUGGGGAAGCACGCCUCUUGGAGAUGCAAUACAUUAUAAAAAUCAUCAUGUGAUCAAGCUACUGGAGGAACAUGGUGCCGAGCCUCCUAUGGCACCCAUGCAUGUCAAUAAUUCACGUGAAGUUCCAGAAUAUGAGAUUGAUGCUAAAGAACUUGAUUUCACGAACAGCAUUGAAUUGACCAAGGGAACGUUCCAUAUUGCCUCGUGGCGUGGAAUACAAGUUGCUGUUAAAAAAUUCGGAGAGGAUGUGAUUGCUGAUGAGGAUAAAGUGACGGCAUUCAGAGAUGAGCUUGCACUGCUCCAGAAGAUAAGACAUCCAAAUGUCAUCCAAUUUCUUGGUGCUGUAACACAAAGCAGCCCGAUGAUGAUAGUGACAGAAUACUUACCAAAAGGUGAUCUCCAUGCAUAUUUGAAGAAAGAAGGACCUCUUAGACCAACCAAGGCUAUCAGAUUUGCAAUGGACAUCGCAAGGGGACUGAACUAUCUACAUGAAAUUAGACCUGAAGCAAUUAUUCAUCGUGACCUAGAGCCUUCAAAUAUUUUACGGGAUGACACUGGACAUCUGAAAGUUGCUGAUUUUGGAGUCAGCAAGCUACUGAAAGUUACCAACAGGGUCAAAGAAGAUAAGCCUCUGACAUGUGAUGACACUUCUUGUCGAUAUGUAGCUCCGGAGGUUUUCAAAAAUGAGGAAUAUGAUACCAAAGUUGAUGUCUUUUCCUUUGCUUUAAUUUUGCAAGAGAUGAUUGAAGGCUGCCCUCCUUUCCAUGCAAAGAUAGAAAUUGAAGUACCUAAAUUAUAUACCGCCAAGGAGCGCCCUCCUUUUAAAGCUCCAGGGAAGUUUUAUGCUCAUGGACUUAGAGAGCUGAUUGAAGAGUGCUGGAAUGAGAAGCCGGCCCUGCGUCCAACUUUCAAGCAAAUCAUCCCAAGGCUUGAGUCUAUUUACAACAAAUUUGGCCACAAAAGGCGUUGGAAGGUUAGACCAUUGAAAUGUUUUCAAAAUUUCGAGGCUAUGUGGAAGAAGGAUCACUCAAGUUUAAGUAGCCGGAAUGGCGGCUCAUCUCGAUCAAACAGCAGCAUCUAGCAAAUUGUGGAUAUUUCCUUAGUAUAAGUGUGCAUAUGUUUCCUUCUCAGAUUUCUGAUAAAGAUUCAGUAAUAGGAAGUUGUAUCACUUUUUCUAGUUUUAAGUCAAAUCUCUCCCUGUCAUUGAGGAUGUCCAAAACAAAUGGUCAUCCUUUUUUGCUUUGCCUCUUUCUAUUGUUAUCUAUAUUGUUUAUGUACAUCAUAUUUUAUCACAAGUGUGUUAAUUGUGCAAAUUCUGUACUUUUUCC